AUGCAGCAGAGCACUAAUACAGAUCAUAUCAGUUCAAUCACAUCCUCUUCUUCACCGCCGUCCGAUGCAAACAUACCUGCGCUAAAUACACCACUAGCCAACAUGUCUACUGAGAGCCCAUAUCAACAACAGCGACAGUCGCAAUAUAUAAAUCAGCAAAAAGUACAGCUAUUUCUAUCGCAAUGUGGUCUUGUUCAAUAUUAUGAUCUCUUUAUAGAGGAAGGCUUUGAUAGACCAGAAUCUUUGUUGGAAAUUACAGAAACAGAUCUUAUUCAGAUGCAAGUGAAAAGAGGUCAUAGAAGACUCCUACAGAGAGCAGUAGCCAAUGCAAAAGGAAUCCCAUCCAAUGUACCUUUACAAAUCACACCUCUUUUAAGCAACAAUAAGGAUUUGACAGGCUAUACCCUACCAACACAAUUACCACCUUCUCAAGCUCACACCCCAAAGAACACAAUACAACCUAUGGAAACCAUGAAUGUCUCAUUACAACUACUCUCUGCUAAGCAUGCUUCACCACUUAUAUCCUCUGCCUCAUCCACAAAUGCUUCUUCCACCUCUUCUUUUGGAUUGUCUUCAAACUUAUCACUUAAUAUGAAUGCUACCAAUACAACAAAUAACCUUACACAUAUUACUCACCUAAACUCUACUACACCUACUUUGAACAACCCUCCUCCUCCUCCUCCUCCUACAACAGCUACUGUCACCACGUCGAUGCCUACGUCCACGGCUACUUCUAUCACUACACCUAAUACGAUAACAACGACAACGACUACGACAACAAUGACCUCUCCUGAAACAAGUCAUGCAAAGACAACAGCUGGUGCUAGGUUCAACGAAAGACAACAGCAACCUAUAUCCAUGCUUCAGACACAAUCACCCUCGUCGUCGUCUUUGAACAGUUCCCAUAAUACAAAUACGAAUACAAAUACAAAUACGAGUACAAGCACCAUCCAUUCCACAAAAAAGAACAAUAGUCAUAACUAUCCGAAUGCUAUCCCCCAUCAUACGAAUCCUAUACAUGCAGAAUAUUUUCCAUCGGCAGGUACGAUGACACAGCAAAGUGGUGGUGGCAUGUCCUCAACGGAAGAAGAAGCAGUGACCAGUGACAAUGUCCAUCGUUUGUGGAAACGGAAAUAUCAUCGCCAUGCAAAGCCUGACACCAAUGCGCCUGUCAAACCACCUUCAGCCUACGUGAUGUUUUCAAACGCGGUCAGAGCUGAACUCAAAGAACAGAACAAAUCCUUUACAGAUCUUGCAAAGAUCAUCGGCGACCGAUGGAAGAAUAUCUCGCCUCAAGAGAAAGAAAUGUACGAAGCGAAUGCCCUAAGAGCUCGUGAAGAAUACCUGAAAAAAGUAGAGGAAUAUCAAAAGACAGAUGCUUAUAAGAAAUAUCAGCAAUACAUUUCAGAAUUCAAAGCAGAAAACGAAGCAGCAGCUCGGCCUGUAGGUAGGCCACGAAAAAGAAACAAAAAAGAAGGCGAAUUCAGCGAUGGUAACUUGAGUGAUUCUGCCAACAAACGAAGAAGCUCAUCGAUAGGUUCACAAGCAGUAACAGACGAUCUUUCAACGACAUCUCAGUCUCGGCGGCAACAGCAACAGCAACAGCAACAGCAACAGCAACAGCAAUCCUCAUCACAUUCACAGCCUCAGCAACAGUCAACACAUCACCGUACUCUGUCUGCCUCUUGUUCCGAUCAAAGACAUUAUCCGUUCUAUUUGUUAAAUGAAGACUCACAAGCUUAUCAUCAACAAACUCCAUCCACUACUGCCCCCCAUCAUAAAGAUAAUCACACGAAUGCUACUGUCACCACGACCACGACCACGACUACUAGCACAUUCUCACCUUCUUCCAACAGUCGUUCACAAACCAAUAUACCUUCUCCUCUAUCUCCUCUACCUCCUCCAACGCCACAUACGCCUCCGUCAAACAAUCAAUGA